GAAAAAGAAGAUACCAAGAUGAGUAAAAAGCCUCCAAAUCGUCCUGGAAUCACCUUUGAGAUUGGUGCUCGUUUGGAGGCACUGGACUAUUUACAAAAAUGGUAUCCAUCUCGUAUUGAGAAGAUAGAUUAUGAAGAGGGCAAGAUGUUGGUCCAUUUUGAACGUUGGAGUCAUCGCUAUGACGAGUGGAUUUACUGGGACAGCAAUAGGUUGCGACCCUUGGAGCGACCAGCAUUAAGGAAAGAAGGGCUGAAAGACGACGAAGAAUUUGUUGAUUUUAAACCUGGAGAAGAAGUCCUAGCUCGUUGGACAGACUGUCGAUAUUACCCUGCAAAGAUUGAAGCGAUUAAUAAAGAGGGAACUUUCACAGUACAGUUCUAUGAUGGUGUUAUUCGAUGUCUUAAGAGGAUGCAUAUCAAAUCUAUGCCAGAGGAUGCAAAAGGGCAGGAUUGGAUAGCUCUGGUCAAAGCUGCUGCUGCGGCAGCAGCCAAGAACAAAGCAGGAAGUAAACCUAGAACCAGCGCAAACAGCAAUAAAGAUAAAGAGGACAGAAAAUGGCUAAAAGUUCCUUCAAAAAAGGAAGAAACCUCAACCUCUACAAUCAUGCAGGAAGUCCAAAAAAAGGAAGAAGAGCCUACAUCUAGUGACACAUUUGGAUUUCCUGUAGUGGAUGUUCCAAAGAUGACCUUUGUGCAGGCAGAGAGCACGUUAUCACACAAGAGGAAAAGUAGUCUAGGCAACUCAUUUCAGGCAAAGAGAGCUCGUCUUAACAAGAUCACUGGCUUAUUGGCAUCCAAAGCUGUUGUUGCGGAUGGUGCUGAAAAAAAGGAAGGCAACAAAGAAACAGCUCCAGUCCUGGAGCAGGAGAUUUCACCUAAACCACAAAGUCAGAAAAAAAAUGAAGCUGAUAUUAGCAGUUCUGCCAACAUUCAGAAACCUGCACUGUUAUCCUCAACUUUGUCUUCAGGAAAGGCUCGCAGCAAGAAAUGCAAACAAGAAUCUGGAGAUUCUUCUGGGUGUAUAAAGCCCCCUAAAUCACCACUUUCCCCAGAAUUAAUACAAGUCGAGGAUUUGUCGCUGGUCUCUCAGCUUCCUUCUUCUGUGAUAAAUAAAACUAGUCCAUCACAGCCAGUGAAUUCCCCUAGAUCCUACAAACAUAGCCAACGGAGAAGAAGAUCACAGCGUUUAGCCACUUGCUCCUUGCCUGAUGAUUCUGUAGAAAAAGUUUCUUCUCUCUCUUCAGUUACUGAUGGAAAAGUGUUCUCCAUCAGUGGUCAAAACCAACAGUCAUCAAAAUUGGAGGUACCUGAUGUUGCUCAUAUUUCACUUGAGAAGCGUGGACCAUGUCUCCCUCUUGAUUUAAGCCGUAGUUUGGAAGUUACAACGCCAUUAUCAACAGAAUCCACUUUCCGUAAUGAAUAUCCCAGUAAAGACAAGGAAGAUAUUCAGAUGAUUACAUAUCUUUCUUCCAAAGCAGUAACUGAUGGAAGAAUAGCUACAACAGCGUCAGGUGCAGUGAGAAUGGAAAGAAAAGGAAAACUGGAAGAGAAAAGUAUUUCAACAUAUGGUAAAAAGAAAGAAAAGGAAAAGGAGAAAAAAGAGAAAAAAGAGAAAGAUCAUAAAUCAAAACAGAAAAAGAAGAAGAAAAAAAAGAAGAAAUCUAAACAGCAUGAUUAUUCAGAUUAUGAAGAUAGUUCUGUUGAAUUCUUGGACAGGUGCUCCUCUCCAUUAACACGGUCCUCAGGGAGCUCUCUGACUUUGCGCAGCAUGUUCUCAGAGAAGAAUACAUCAUACCAGUAUCCAAGAGCUAUCUUGUCUGUUGACCUUAGUGGAGAAAACCUUUCAGAUGUGGAGUUCUUGGAUGAUUCCUCUACAGAGAGUUUGUUACUUAGUGGUGACGAAUACAAUCAGGAUUUUGAUUCAACGAACUUUGAAGAGUCUCAGGAUGAAGAUGAUGCUCUCAAUGAAAUUGUUAGAUGCAUUUGUGAACUGGACGAAGAGAAUGGCUUUAUGAUUCAGUGUGAAGAGUGCUUGUGUUGGCAGCACAGCGUAUGCAUGGGACUGUUAGAGGACAGCAUUCCAGAGCAGUACAUCUGUUAUAUCUGCAGAGAUCCACCAGGUCAGAGGUGGAGUGCCAAAUAUCUUUAUGAUAAAGACUGGCUAAACAAUGGACACAUGUGUGGAUUAUCAUUUUUGAAAGAAAACUACUCUCAUCUUAAUGCCAAAAAGAUUGUAUCAACACAUCACCUACUGGCAGAUGUAUAUGGUGUAACUGAAAUAUUGCAUGGACUUCAGUUAAAGAUUGGGAUAUUAAAAAAUAAGCAUCACCCAGACCUUCAUCUCUGGGCUUAUUCAGGGAUGCGAAAAGAACAAGAACAAAUAACUGUUGGGGUAGAGAAAAAAUUAGUGACUUUGCCGGAUGCUGUUAAUCCAACUGAACGGACGUGUCACAGUCAAAACCAUAGAGAGCCGCCCAGCAUACCCCAGAAGAUGGAAGAAACAUACAUCACAAGUGAGCACAGUUACCAAAAACCACAGAGUUUCGGUCAAGACUGCAAAGCAGUCACUGACCCUAUGAGCUCAGAUGAUGAAGAUACAAGUAGUUUUGAGGAAGAUCAGGAAUUUCAUACAGAGAAUAAAAACUGUUUACAAUAUUCUUUUAAAGAUGAUGGCAUGAACGAGCAGAAUUCUGCUGAAGGAAACACUGUGUUUGUUUGUAAUGAAAGAAAAGGCUCAGAAGAACAAGUGGACACACAUCUUCAAUGGCAGCUAAAUCUACUUACCCAUAUAGAGAAUGUACAGAAUGAAGUCACCAGCAGAAUGGACCUGAUCGAAAAAGAAGUUGAUGUUUUAGAAAGCUGGCUUGAUUUCACUGGAGAACUGGAACCACCAGAUCCUCUAGCAAGAUUGCCUCAGCUCAAGCGUCGUAUCAAACAGCUCUUAAUUGACAUGGGGAAAGUACAGCAAAUAGCAACGCUUUGCUCUGUAUGACAAAAGGAAGAAUAAAGAAAUAAAAAUAGGUUCUCUACAGUGAAUUUUCUUACUAGCCACAAGACUGACAGGAAGACAGCAAAAAGCUGAACAUUUAUCUGGUUCUUUUGGCUGAUUACCAUAGUAGCCUGAAGCUUUAGAGAGAGGAGAGGAAACAUAGAGUAAGGAAUCUGUUAUAUUGAAAAUCUGAAUAUUCAAUGUCCAAGCUUCAAAAUGUAAUAUAUUACAUGCUGA